CACAGCGAGCUGCUGCGGGCACCACCCCUGCACUGGUCAGACGCAGGGGCGGCAGCGGGCACUCGCUGCGCCGCUUCGAGCCGCAGAGGAGCGAUCCGGAGGAGCACAGCCCGCCCGCCCUCGAAGGCGCCGUGAACCCCGCGGCUCGUGUUUAGCGGCAGCAGAGCCGCAGAGGCGGAGCGCGCCGCCGACACACUGCAAAUGCUCUUCCUGAGCCUCGCCGCCGUCGGGAAGCUCGACGUGACUGGCCCGCACGGCGCCCGUCGUGCGGGCCCGCCCCUGGUCGUGCACGCCGAGGUUCAGGCCGCCAUCGACGCCGGCGAGCCUGUGGUGGCGCUGGAGUCGACGAUCAUCACGCACGGGAUGCCUUACCCGGACAACCUGCACACCGCCCGCGCGGUGGAGGAGGCCGUCCGCGAGGCCGGUGCGGUGCCCGCCACCGUCGCACUGCUCGAUGGCGUCUGCCACGUCGGCCUAGCCACCGAGGAGCUGACGCGGCUCGCGCAGCUCGGGCGUGAGCGCGUCGCCAAGUGCUCGCGUCGCGACCUCGCGGCGGUGAUGGCGCGGCGCGGGCACGGCGCGACGACGGUCUCGGCCACCAUGCUGCUCGCGCACCUCGCCGGGGUCCCAGUCUUUGUGACGGGCGGCAUUGGCGGCGUGCACCGCGGCGGCGAGGCAUCGAUGGACGUGAGCGCUGACCUGACUGAGCUGAGCCGGACGCCGGUCUGCGUGGUGUGCGCGGGGGUCAAGUCGAUCCUCGACAUCCCGCGCACGCUCGAGGUGCUCGAGACAAACGGCGUUGCCGUCGCAGCGCUCGGCGCGCGCCUCCCGAGCGCACGCGGCCCUCCUCUCUGGCUCGAGCCCGUCUCCGUGGACAAGGCGGCCGCCGCGUGCGCUGCGCUGGCGGCCGCCGCGCCCCCGGGGGCGAGGCCACUCGAGCGCGUUGCCUUCGUUUCGCCCAACGAGGCCGAGGUGCUCGCCAUGGCCGACGCCUUGCGGGCGGCGGGCGGCGGGCCGGGCGGCGGCACCAGGCGUGGCGGGGGCGAGGGCGAGGGCGGGGGCGAGGGCGAGGGCGAGGUGCGAGGUGCGGCGGCGGCGCUGCUGCGCGCCGGGGUGCGUCAUGUCCUGGUCACGCGAGGGGCGAAGGGGCUGCUGUGGGCGCGCGCCGCCCGCCGCAGCUCUGGGCUGGACGCCGAGGUCUGCUUCGAGGAGCUCCCCGCGCUCGCCGCCACUGUCAAGAGCACGCGCGGCGCGGGAGACAGCUUCGUCGCCGGCGCCGCCUGGGGGCUGCUGCGAGCGCCGACGCUCGACCUCGCCGACACGGACACCGUGCGCGCCGCGUUGCGCGCCGGGCUGCGAGCCGCGCAGCUCACCGUCCAGAGCGACGCGGCCAUCUCUGUUGAGGUCAGCGCCGACCGGCUCGAACCGGCGCUGGCCGGUGCGGCGUGAGCGGUCUACCCGGUGGGGAGAGAGGUACGGUAGAGCGAUUCCGAAGCGCAAACAAAUCUGUAAAAGUGAUAUAUC